AGAGCCCUUUGGCACUGCCGUGCCCGGCCCGGCGCAGGGAGCUGCCGGGCGAAAAGGGGUGCGAGCGGCUGGGCCAUGUCGGCGGCGGAGGGCGGCUGGGACGGCAACCGGCGGCGGGGGGGCGCCGGCGGCAGCGGAGCGGGCGGGUGCAGCGGGGACGGGCCCGGGCCGCCCGGGGGGCUCCUCAACCGCUUCGUGCAGCUGCCGGGCAGGCCCCAGCUCGCAGGUUACAGAGCCCCGCCAGCAAGGAGCGGCCAUCGGUGCGUAGCAGACAAUGCCAACCUGUAUGUGUUUGGAGGGUAUAAUCCAGACUAUGAUGAGUCUGGGGGGCCGGAGAAUGAAGACUACCCGCUGUUCAGGGAGCUUUGGCGCUACAACUUUGCCACAGGCACAUGGCAUCAAAUGGGCACAGAAGGCUACAUGCCCAGGGAACUCGCCUCCAUGUCACUUGUAUUGCAUGGUAACAACCUGCUGGUGUUUGGCGGCACUGGGAUCCCGUUCGGUGAGAGUAAUGGCAACGACGUCCAUGUCUGCAACGUGAAGUACAAGCGAUGGGCCCUGCUCAGCUGUCGAGGGAAGAAACCGAAUCGCAUAUAUGGACAGGCAAUGGCCAUCAUUAAUGGAUCUCUGUAUGUCUUUGGAGGAACAACUGGCUAUAUUUACAGCACGGAUCUUCAUAAAUUAGACCUUAACACCAGGGAAUGGAUACAACUAAAACCAAACAACAUGUCCUGUGACAUGCCAGAGGAGAGGUAUAGACAUGAAAUCGCACAUGAUGGCCAAAGAAUUUAUAUCUUGGGAGGUGGAACUUCCUGGACAGCUUAUUCCUUAGAUAAGAUCCAUGCGUACAACCUUGAAACAAACACCUGGGAGGAAAUUGCAACAAAACCCCAUGAAAAAAUAGGUUUCCCAGCAGCUAGAAGAUGCCACAGUUGUGUACAAAUAAAAAAUGACGUGUUCGUCUGUGGCGGCUACAAUGGAGAAGUGAUCUUGGGAGACAUCUGGAAGCUGAACUUGCAGACGUUCCAGUGGGUGAAGCUCCCAGCUGUCAUGCCCGAACCAGUCUAUUUUCACUGCGCUGCCGUUACGCCAGCUGGCUGCAUGUACGUCCAUGGCGGGGUAGUCAACAUCCACGAGAACAAACGGACUGGCUCCUUAUUUAAGAUGUGGCUGGUAGUACCCAGUCUGCUGGAACUGUCAUGGGAAAAGCUGCUGGGCUACUUCCCUCAUCUAGCAAAGCUCUCCAGGUCUCAGCUCUUGCACCUGGGACUCACACAGGGACUCAUUGAGCGGUUGAAAUGAGACCUCCUUGCUUGUUCGCCCUCUGCCCUAGAAACACUACGAGAGAGAGGCCGUUCCCCUCCCCUCUCUAUUUGUGGGUACCACAGAUGAAGACGGGCCAAGAAGACGGGAGGACGUGCUUGAUGCUUCGCUCGGCAAAUCUCUCGGAUGCCUCGUCUGCAAACUCUUAUUUUAAGUGGAUGGAAACCGGCCUUUUAUUUAUGGAUCUGUAUAAAUCCACCAGGAAUGAAGAUGCUUUGCCCGAUUCAUUCGUCGUGUUGCAGCCACUAGGAUGCUCUUUGCAUAACGCUUGUAGCCUCGUCGGGGGUGGGGGAGGGGCUUAGGAAAUGCCGCGGCUUACGCUUACCCAUGGUGUUUUUUAACUUAUUGUUUCUUGAGACAUAUUUAACCAAGCAGAGGACAGGAACCGCUGCAGCGCAACCGCAUCCUGAAGGAACAGUCGCAGUCCGUGCCCUUGGCUUCUGGCGGCAUUCGGCCUCCUGAUACCCGAACUGGCCUUGCCUCUGCAAAAUGUCCACCCCCCUCCUCCCCAAAGACUUGCAUGUGUUAGAGGCACGUCCUCAUCCUCUUCUGAGUUCUAGGAGAUGGCUGGAGCAUUGCAGUAGAGGCAGGGAACGGAGAUCGUCCACACUGCUUUUGAACUCCCACUGCUGUUUGUAGUGGCGUUGAGGAAGGGUAAUUGCUCCUUGUCUUUUCAUGUUGAAACAUCUGCUUAGCAGGGAGUGGGGAAGCUAGAGAUUUCUGCUCGUUCAGAUGACUGCAAAGUUCUCUCGCUGGGUGGGAAGGGGUGGCGCGUUCUUAGGAAACUUAACCGUAUGGAUUUUAACACCCAUGUAACCGAAGUGUUUUCCUGCCCUCGGUGGCCAGGACAUGGUCCAGCUGUGCCAACUUUGCAUCAGUUGCCUGUCUUUUCCCCUUCAGCGUUGGAUUUUUCUCUCAGUAGCUUGGCAGUUGCCUGUUUUACUCAUCUGUGGGUUUUUGAUGACCCAUUCCCGUGGAUGUCCAUUUUCUGAAGAGCUAGGAAAUCAGCGCAUCUGCCUUCCCAGGAAAUGUAAUGCUGUUUUCAAAAUUGGUGGGGAGAGAUAUUGUUUGUCCUUUGCUGUGAAUCGUGUUUGCCUUCCUCCAAAUGCAGGAAAGGAAGAAACGUCGCUCUUCUGGGUCUCUUGUUCCGACCUCACCGUGGAACCUGGCUCUAGAGAAUGCAAACGCCCGGCCCUCGAAACUGGAGCACCUGAGUUUGGCGGAUCCUGGGUUUGAACAAAACAAUUUUCGACCAUUUUUAAGUGCCUUUUUAAUUAGCUUUCCCAAAUAACUCCCUGCCACCCACCCCUUCCCUCCCCCUGAGAGUGGAAUGGGGCGCUUUUAUAUUUUCCUUUUAAGAUGUUACUGUAGAGGCAAAUAAAUCGUAGUAGCAAAUUCAUACAGUUGAUCUGCAUCAGGCUCCCAGCUUUGCUCAUUAGGGGUCACUUAUUGCCCGGCAUGCCAGAGGUACCAAGCUCUUUCCCAUGGUCAGUUUUAAAUAUAUAAUAUAGCUUCUUCUUUCCAAGGCAAAACAAAGGAUGGCUCCUUUUCAGCCCCGUUGUCCUUUGGGCCCUUGCAACUCCAAAGCCUGCUGCAGCUUGCUCUUUGUUUUUGUGUUGUCCCUGUCCCUUCCAUUAUACUAGCAAGGAAAAGUUCAGUGCCACUUGAAGGCUGGUCAGCCAUGACAGGCUUGAUGUCUCCCAUGUGCUUCUCACUUGUGGUGAUAGUGGACCGUGCUAGUGUUGUGUGACGAUGACGAUCGGCAUUUAGACCCAGAAUGUUUCCACGUUUCUUUCUCGCCUCCUCUGUUCAGUGGUGAGAGGAGGCCCUCAGUGGGCAGUGUUCGUGGGUGGAGGGCACAUCCGCAUGGCUGCUUCUUUACAUUUUCUAGCCUCUCUCUUGGUUCUAAUCUAAGCUACAGCAUCCGAAGUGUCUGCCAGAUGCUGCUGAUGUCUGCUGAGAGUGUGUGUACAGCUAGGAGUCAGGUGAGCCCUCAGUUCCUGAGCUUCUGGUGGGUUUUCUAACGAGCAAGUCUGCUCACUGUGUGUAGCGUGAUCCUCAGGCUGGAGAGCUAGAGAGACGCUUAGCUGCUCUCAGCCAUCCGAUGGUUCCCUGUUGGCCUUAAUCUAAUAGCUACAGUCUUCUCUCUUGGUGCAACGUCCACACUGAACCUGUGCCUUUUGGCCUCCAGUGUAACCGGGGCCGUCUUGCAUGAGUGGCUAACUUACAAAAGUGCAGCCUCUUCCAUCCCGCAUCCCCUCGCUGCUCAAGCGCUGGGCUGCAUCUUUUGGGGAUAAAUGGUGAGGAGGAGCUCUACAUCAGUGCUCGCCUGCUCAAAUCUCUUCUUGGCUGAAGUGGCCUCUUGGGCACUCUCUAGGUUGGAAUUCAUUCAUUCCAGUGUUUGCAAGGGGGGGUCAUUCAUGCCUUGAUCCUUCAGGCAACACAUUUGUGCAGCCUUGCAAAAGCCUUUGCUGCCAGUGCCUGUGCCCUACUGUAAGCGCGAUGCCUUAAUCGUGUCCAGGUGGAGCGUGAAACAUGGCUUUAUGUUGAAGUGGGUUGGAAGUCCUCGCUGCCCCUUGGAUGCACAGUUAGGUUCAUUGCGUGCUCCUGCACUAGCAUGGGGCCAGUCCUGCUAAUGGCUGAGUAUCUGUCCCUUCCAGAGACUUCAGUGGGAACUGAGUGUGCUCAGCCACUCCAGGAUUGAACUGGUUUCAUCCUUUCCUUCAUCAGCUGUGUCUGCUCGCCUUACACUUCGGUCGCUCUCCCUGCAUCUCCUCAGCCCUCGGAUCAAGUGAAGCAGGAACAAUUCUGCACGUGAAAACAAACUUGUCUCUGAGUUGGUGAAAUCAAGGAACUGGCCUCCUGAUCUGUGCUAUCUUGUGUUACUGAGCUCUGGGACACACUGUGGACAGCAAUGGGAUUACCUCACUGCUGUCCCACUUCUGAGGGAGAAGAAAAGGCAAGAGAAUGGCUCAGAUGAGCUGCUUUUGUCUCUCUGAUAAAAGGGGGCUUGUGGAAAAUCAAGCUCCUGGCAGGGAAACCUCUCCUGGUUGUAACGGUUAAUGGCUGAAAUACCAGUCUGUCUCCAAGAGCUCCAGCAGCGUCCCCUCCCACCCCCGUUACCAGUAUGAUUAUUUACCGGGGCAUCUCGGGAUUCAACAUGGCCGCUUGCCCGAUUUGGCAUCCAGCAAGCUUUAAUCAUAAUCCCAAGACUAAACAUCAAAUAUCACUAUAUAUAUGUGAUCUGACAGGCAGCAUAAGAGCUUCAUAGUGAUUGUCUUCAGUUGGCCACCCCUCUGAUCCUUUGCGGGGUGUGUGAUAUUCUUGGGUGUCUUCUGACCCAAUUUCAAUGGGCAGAAAACAUCUGUUUGCUUCUACCCGUUCUUUUCCCUGCUCCGGCUCCCCAUGGCCUCUCAGCACGCAGCUUUUUUGGGGGGGUGAGGUGUGUGUUUAAACAGCAAAGCCUCCCUGCAUGCAGGCUGGCUCAGGAAGAGAGGAUGCCCUGAAUUCACAUCAUCACUCGGCUCCCUGGAUAGCUGCUCUUCCACUCCGCUGCCCCUGUUACAAGGCAAACAGAGGCUUGAACUCUCCGGCUUCGUGGCUGAACAAACUUUCUCAACUCCGUUUGGAAAUUGUGCCUCUUUGGCUCAUAGCACCUCUUUUAAGGACCCACCUGCUGCUGCUGGUCACAGAACUGCUUUUGGAUACGUGUGGGGUACCCGAUGAAAGGCAGAGCAGUGAGUCUCAUCGCCUUAGGGAAGAGACUGAUGCUGAAGGCUGCAGGCUCUGCAGGCUGGGCGUCGCACAGAGGGGGGCUCACGUCACUGCUACAUGCUGCGGAGAACAGAGCCUAAGCUUUACCUCUCCUUCCUAGGGAAGUGCCUUUCCCCAUUUUCUUGUUUCAGAGCCUGGUUUUGCUGCUGCUGGGAGGCGUAACCUCAGCAGAUGAGUUGGCUCCUUACCAAUUUCAGCUUGCGGCAGCACAUCGCCAAGAGGCUCCUUAGCUUUGCUGUUGCCGAAGAAAACAAUAUCACAUCUCUUCUUUCCCCCUCACCUUCUCUGAGGUGCUAAGUAACGACUGCAGCAUUUUGCCUUUUUCGGUGACUAAAUUAAUUCUGCAAGAAAUGGUGCUGGAGCAACAGCAUGGCCAGCCAGUUCUCAGAGCUGUCUCCCCAUGCCCUGUACACUCUGCCGGGGGCUCCCUGGGGACCAGGGAGUAAUGCCUCGCAUGUGCCAUCCCUUCAGACUCCAGCCGGGUGGUUUCAGAUCCAGCGCAGAUCCACUAGCAGCUGUUUCUUUGCUCCUCUCAUGCCCAUGCCCUCAAGUCACUGUGCUGGACGGGGAGGGCAGUCAUCUCACGUGCAGCUGUGAAGGGAUCACUGUACCAACCCAAACGCCCUUUUCCUGCCUAAGUUCAGAGCAGCAGCCGAUUCAAAUCUCACCUCUGACCCUGCCCUGUGGAUGAAACAUCCCAGCCACAGCCAUUUCUAGCCCUUUCAAGGGCUGGUCACCAUGUAUUGACCCUCUAAUGUGAAUAUGGUUCAUGGGUGAGGCAAGAACAGCUCAGCUUGGUGCCAGGGUGCUUCCCAGACUCAAGUUCAGGUCCUCUACUACAGCAUUCGGUCUAGUCCCUGGAAGCCGCGGGCAGAUGCAUGGGACAACGCUCUAGUGCUAUUCACGUAGGGAUACAAAGUCCGAGCAGAAGCUUGCUUGGAUAAUAGGAAAAGCCUGCUCUGCGAGAGCCAGUGGGUGCCCUUUUUUUAGGAGGUGGGGAGGGGGUGGGGUGAAACUCCAUGCUUGCCUUACUUUCGGUCCGUAAGUCACGUCCUGUGCACAUGCGUGGUGUGGGAGUCUGUGCAUGCCGUCGCUGGUGGAUGUCCUUUCUCGAUCUGCUUCUCUCUCUCUCUCUCUCUCUCUUUUUUUUGUGCGACUGAAUCCUGUGUGGAGCCGUGCAGGGGUGGGCGGAGGGCUGCGAGCUGCACACAUGUGCUGGCCUGUAUUUAUGUACCUUGUCAGUGUUUUUGGCUGUUCCCCCUUUUUUUUUUUUUGGUUUUUUUGUUUUUUUAAAGCUCUGAUGAAUAAACCUGUCCAGAUCACA